AUGGUCACUACGAGACGCAUGCUGCGGGCUGACGUCCAAGAUCCAAAGAAGCAACCAUUUCCCCUUCUCGUCCUUCCGCCAGAAAUCUGGUGCGAAAUUGGCAAGCUCGUCGUCGACGCCGGUCCAUUCCUUAGACUCAGAGACAUCGACAACCUGUCGCCCCUGGCGAAGUUGGGCCGACCAGCGACAUGGCAUCAACCACCAAUCACCCGCGUGUGCACAGCACUCCGCCACGAACUGCUAUCCUACUACUACAAUACCAAAGUCCGCACAAGCCAUGGUCAAGGUCUCCGCUUGCGUAAUAGGACAUUCUGGGCCAGUGACGCCAAUUCCAUCUACAAGUGGCUGCAUGCCAUUGGACGGGAGAACAGGAAGGAUGUUAGAGGCUUGCUGUUGUACCGCUGGUCAGAGGAGAAAAGACCCAGCGCGCAAGAGCUUGCACAAAGCUGGAAACUCCAUAUCGAGCUUGGAGAGGAGGGCACGGCACGCUUCGGAUGGCGGGUUCAUCCUGUGAAAUUCCUUCAAUGA